UCUCUCUCUCCCCCUGGGGCGGGAGAAGCCCGUGUUUGGUUCUCAGAGAGGGUCCUUUGGGAAGAGUCACAAAGCGAUUUCCUCAGAGAGAGAGCGGAGUGGCGAGAGCUCCGGAGUCAUCCGCAGGAAGCAGCGCUGCUCUGGACAUCACCGACCCAAACACGUCCCGGACCACUGGGCUGAGACAGAAAAAUUGAAAGCAGAAAGCUUAAAAGAGGAAGAAAGAAGUGUCAGACAGCCAUGACAUCUGUUCAGGGUGCGAGCUGAUCUCUCUUUUUCUGUCUGACAGCUUCAACUGUGGAUCUCCAAACGCGCCGGGAGUGACUUUUCAGCAUCUUUCCACACUUGGUCAGUCCGCGCGCCGACGUUCUUCUGGCGUUUUGAACUCGUGUUUUCAGUGUUUGGACAUUUUGGAGCGUAGCAUUCGGUCAUGGUGCACCCACACCCUGCUCGGGACUAGUGCUGAAGGAGUAAAGACGGCUCUGCUUGGUUUCUAGCGAAGCGCACCGAGUGGGAACAGCAGCAGCAGCAAAGAGCGCACCCACGUUGCCCCGCUCGAGUCGGCGUGAAGGAUUUACUGGAGAACAAGUGCACAGUCAGUCGGAGAGAGACUGAGAAACGGAGGAACCAACGUCGAGCUUCGGAGGUUUGUUAAUGUUUGGGAUCCAGGAGAGCAUCCAGAGAAGCGGCAGCAGCCUGAAAGAGGAGCCGCUGGGAGGCAUGAACGUCCGGAGCUGGAUGCAGGGGGGCGGCGUGCUGGACGCCAACACAGCCGCCCAAAGUGGAGUGGGCCUGGCCCGGGCUCACUUUGAGAAGCAGCCGCCCUCCAACCUGCGGAAGUCCAACUUCUUCCACUUCGUCCUGGCUCUGUACGACCGCCAGGGCCAGCCGGUGGAGAUCGAGAGGACCAACUUCGUGGGCUUCAUCGAGAAAGAGAAGGAGACGAGCGGAGAAAAGACCAAUAACGGGAUUCAUUACCGGCUUCAGCUCCUGUACAGUAACGGCAUCAGAACAGAGCAGGACUUUUAUGUGCGACUCAUAGACUCCAUGACUAAACAGGCGAUUGUUUACGAAGGCCAAGACAAGAACCCCGAGAUGUGCAGAGUGCUGCUGACACACGAGAUAAUGUGCAGUCGGUGCUGUGACAAGAAGAGCUGCGGGAACCGUAAUGAGACACCCUCAGACCCUGUUAUCAUCGACAGGUUCUUCCUCAAGUUUUUCCUCAAGUGCAACCAGAACUGUUUAAAAAAUGCGGGAAACCCACGAGACAUGAGGAGGUUCCAGGUGGUCGUAUCAACUACGGUGAGCGUGGAGGGACACGUCCUGUCAGUCUCUGACAACAUGUUCGUCCACAACAACUCCAAACAUGGCCGCCGGGCCCGCAGGCUCGACCCCGUGGAAGGAACGCCGUCAUACCUAGAACACGGAGCAGCUCCCUGCAUUAAAGCCAUCAGCCCCAGUGAGGGGUGGACCACGGGCGGCGCUACGGUCAUCAUCAUAGGAGACAACUUCUUCGAUGGUCUCCAGGUCAUCUUCGGUACCAUGCUGGUUUGGAGCGAGCUGAUUACGCCGCACGCCAUCCGGGUCCAGACGCCUCCCAGACACAUCCCCGGGGUCGUGGAGGUCACCCUGUCCUACAAAUCCAAACAGUUCUGCAAAGGCACACCGGGAAGGUUUAUAUACACAGCACUGAAUGAACCGACCAUAGACUACGGUUUCCAGAGGCUUCAGAAGGUCAUCCCUCGGCACCCCGGAGACCCCGAGAGGCUGCCAAAGGAGGUUAUACUGAAGAGAGCAGCUGACCUGGUUGAAGCCCUGUAUGGAUUGCCUCACAAUAACCAGGAGAUCAUCCUGAAACGUGCGGCGGACAUCGCAGAAGCUCUCUACAGCGUCCCACGGGGACACACCCAGCUCUCCGGAUCAACCCACACAGGCAUGAUGGGAGUCAACUCCUUCACCGGGCAGCUGUCCGUCAACGUCUCUGAACCUACACAAGCCAACCAGGGCUAUGUGCGCAGCAGCAGUAGUGUGUCACCUCACGGCUACGUGCCCAGCUCCACACCUCAGCAGACCAGUUACACCUCAGUCACCAGCACCAUGAACGGCUACGCUAACAACGCCGGCAUGACCAACCUGGGAGGCUCGCCCACUUUCCUCAACGGCUCUGCAGCCAACUCGCCUUAUGCUAUUGUCCCAUCCAGCCCCACCAUGGCCUCCUCCACCUCCCUCCCCUCCAACUGCUCCUCCUCUUCUGGUGUCUUCUCCUUCUCUCCGGCCAACAUGGUGUCAGCGGCCGUCAAGCAGAAGUCUGCCUUCGCUCCGGUGGUCCGGCCCUCGUCCUCCCCUCCACCCUCCUGCACCAGUGCCAACGGCAACGGGCUCCAAGAUCAAACAUUUGUGGACUCUAGCAAGUACUCAACAGCCAGCUCUCUACAAGGCCUGGCCUUCACCUGAACGAUCCCAGGAAUGAUCGUCCCACCCAUGUAAAGGUGUGCGUGCAUGAUUGUGUGUGUGUGUGUGCGUGUGUGUGUGUGCAAACCGCGUGUAUGUUGAACCAAGCACACUCUCGCCGAUCUCUCGUGGAGGAUUCGGUGAGAGUCGAGACUCCGGUCGGGGAUGGAAGCAGCCGUCCCGAUCUGAAGGAACAAACCCAACUCAGGCCCUUUCUAAAACAAAGAACAACUGCAAGAAAAACUGAAGAACAACAACAACAACAACAAACAAAAAAAAAAAGAAACUGUUUGCAAGAAAAUAAGUUGUUUAGACUUUAUACACCUUGAUGCUUUUAUAGGAGAACUGCCACGCCUACAUUAUGACUCUCCAUGGACACAGGAAGUGUAUUUAUUUUGAGAGAUAAUCCACUUCCUCCUUUGAGUGAUUUGUUUUUUCCUUUCGUGCAACAGUUAACGUGUGAUAAUCAUCUUCUAACUGUAACUUACAUGAGGGACUUUCUAUUUAUGAAGUUUUGUCUUUACUGAAGGAACAUAAUGUGAAGAAUAUCUGACGGCGACGGUGGUAGUGAUGAGUCAAAACGACGAUGAUGAUGAUGAUGAAGGAGUCACGGGAUUUGUGAAGGGUCAAAUCCAGCCAACACAGACGAGCCAAAGCCAGACACACGCUUUCACUUCUCUUCGCCAAAUCCAUGCCAUUGUCACUGAGAGCUUCUCCUCUGCAUCGAAUCAUUCAGCUGAAAGCCUGUAUCUGUAAGAUAGCUUCAUUUAAUUUACUCUGAGCUCGCCUCAUAUAUGCCCGCCCUGCUGCUCCCAUGCGCUCCCAUUUCUGCAACGUUCAAGUCUUUCAGUCAACAGGAGGUGAAGAGAACAUAAAAUGUGUCAGUUAACAAACAGCAGCCUUAUUUAGUUACACCGUGCAAGAUUUAAGAGAGAAGUCAGACUUGCUCCAGUGCUAAAUCAAGAUAGAUUUGACAAUAUCUAAAUGCAAAAAGGCCAUAAAAGAAAGCACGGAGUUAUGUGUGUUGCUGGGCGCCAACAGCAGCUUCACUGUUGAGGAUUUGACCCGAUAACUGCCACCGAGUCCCUCCAUCGGCCCUGUUACCAUAUCUGUUUUAGAGUCGGACACGGCCACGGCGACCUCUGUAAGAGGGGGAACAUGUCUUAAAAGACUGCUGCCAUUUUCACUUUGAUUCUGUUGUGUGAGAUUUGCUUUCUUGAGUUUUGUCUGAACAGAUAUUAAUCUGUUUUUUGUUCUUUUUUUUUUUUUUUUGGUUUGCUGUGAUACUUAACAUUGUUACUGUGAUCAGCCGGCCAAUCAGAUUGUGCUUCUUCAGUUGCCUUCUCUCUGAUCUGGCCUGAUUGACAACUCAAGUGUGUCUUAUGUGCUGCGCUGCAAAGAAAGUCAAGUAAAAGAAUUUUUUUUUUCUCCAAAGUGAAAACGUUUGAGACUGUCGUCCCAAGAAAAACAACUGCUUCAAUCAGCGGGCUCCCUUAAAUGCCAUAUAGUUUGUUUAUAUGACCGCUGGUGAUCACACGACUGUAAUUAUGACAAGAAAACUAAAAAAAAAAAAAGAGGUCAUGUGAUGCCGUUAUAGAGCAAGACAGUCUGUGCUGGGGCGGAUGGAUGGGUCAAAAAAACAUUGGACUACCAUAUAUUUGCUGUUUUCUACCAAAAGGCAGUUGACCCAGACAUUUCCUAAACCUAAGUUGUUUUUUAAAAAAAAUAAAAUAAAAUAAAAUUAAAUAUCUUUAUCGACACUAAACCCCUAUUUACUAGUACUAAUACUAUUAUGAGAUCCUCCAAUAAUAAGAUACAACAACAAGAAAACUGACAUUUUGUUGUUAAAGAUGGACAAUUUUCAGUAUUUUUUACAUCUUUCUGUAACUGGGGUAUCAUUUUUCUAUAUCCUGCAGAUAAAGGACCUUUUUUUGCAGCGCAGAGCAGUUAGCCAGCGACAUGUCUUAAAUGCCCGGUGUGUGAAAACUAGCUGACGGUUGGUUGUAAAACACCGCUGCUCUUUCAGCCGAGCAGUGUGCGUUGCUCGACAGUCUUAAUUCAUUUAUGAAAAUUUUGCCAAAGCCCUUAUUUGAGACAUUGAUGUUCAUACAGUCUUAACGCCACAGUUUCCUCACUGUUCUAUACAUAUUUGUACGUCUUUCAGAGCUUAAUUAAAGCACCAACGUUCAGACCUACAGCAGGUAGUGCUCUCAAACACAUUCUUAUUGUUUGUUUGUCAUUCAGGUUUGUAAUAUUUGCCUCAAACAGGAGUUAUUUGACAGGUGGGUGGACACAAAACCUAGCUAGUAUUAGCAGAUAGCAUCCAUUAGCAUCUGGAUCGUCAGCAGCCUGGAUGUUACUGCUGAGGAAAUGGAGGAGAAUAUUUAACAUCCCACACUCUUUAAAUGAAAUGAGUCCUACAAGACUGCGUGAGAGCGUAGUCUGAGUAAAGCGGUUAUCAAAAACAUGGAUGAAGGAAAAGGGAAAUUGUUAGAGAACCUGAAAAAUGUAUCAAAUAAAAUGUCUUAAAAUGUUCAUUUGUUUUCUGAAGAAAGAAAUAAUUGAAACCCUGAAAAAAAGAAUCCUGAAAACCCCUUGAACGUGCCCAGAUGUUAUUUUCUCAUAUGAAUGAAUGAAUGUUACAUGAAUACAUCGUAUUUCUUUUUGUAUUAUAGUGUCUGUCUGUUAAAAGCCAUUCAUCCACUGCUAAUUUCAAUCAAACUAAAAGAAGCCGUGGUGUUUUUAUUUUGUUGCUUUGUUUUUUUUAUUAAGGAAAUAAUAGGAUCAUUUUGCCAUGUCGUUGUUCAUAUCAUUCUUGUCGAGCAUCGUUUUGUUGCAUUAUGUAGGUGUAGAGAAUAUAACUAUGACCAUUGAUUAUCUGUGUUUGUCUUCCAUGUGAUGGAUUUUGAAUUUGCCCAGUGAAGGCUGACAGCGAUGAAGGAAAAGUCUCGUCUCUCCUGCGACCUGCUUCAGUCGCGGUCUUCUGUCCUCUCUCUGCUCCCUUCUUCUAUUCAUUUCCCUCUUUGCGACAUUAAUAAUACGUACGUCUGUCUUCCUUUUCUUCCGUCCUUCACUUUCCCCUAAGAAAAUGAGCCACCUAUUUAUUUUAUCUCAAAUAUGGGUCUGGAGACCACUCUUCUGUUUGUGUCUACAUGUGAGAAUGCCUGCGAUGGAGUGUGUGUGUGUGUGUGUCAUGAUUUUUUUCCUCUGAAAGAAAAAUGUGAUGUUUAAAAUUUGAAGGAUUUUUUUAUUAUUAUUAUUAUUAUUAUUUAGUACAUGUAUAAAUACCUGUACAGGCAGGAGUAAAUAGCUGAAGGAAUUAAGAUCCGAAGCACUUGUGUAACAACGGUAAUAACAUUUAUGGUGGCUUGUCUGCGUUCAGGCUCAAAGCGAUGGGCAUCGUUCAUACACACAUUAUCAGCUGUAUCAGUGUGGGAGGAAGGAGACGAGUUCAGAGGAAACUACUGUAAAGAUGAUAAUGUUGAUUUUUUUUUUUUUUUAUUUUGAACUUU